ACGCAACGCCGCGACGGGUUUGCAUGAGGCGCAUUUUUGCUCCCUGUUCGAACCUCUCCCCGUUUUCCGGUCUGGCAACCCUGCGCGCGGCUUCACCCAAACCGGCAAAAGCAGCAGAACGCUGGCGUACGGCAGUUCUCGCGCUUCGCCGCAGUAGAAGCGGUCGAAACAUAGCAGACGGUCGCACCUCCCGUGGCGGAGUACGAGCGCCAUGGCUUCCCCCGACGCCGGCAAGACAGUGGAGUACAGCGAAGUACCUCAAAAUGAGCCCGAGAAGAAAGAAGAUGUCAUCUGUCUCAAACCAAAGAUGUCUCUCCUCAACGGAAUAACUGUUAUCGUCGGAAGUAUCAUCGGAUCGGGGAUCUUUGUCUCUCCGCGAGGCGUACUCCUGAACACUGGUAGUGUCGGAGCUUCCCUGGUCGUCUGGGUGGUUUGCGGCGUCUUUUCCAUGAUUGGAGCCUACUGUUACGCUGAACUCGGCUGCAUGAUUACAAAGACCGGCGCGGAUUAUGCGUACAUCAUGGAAGCCUUUGGUCCCUUCGUGGCGUUCAUCCGUCUCUGGGUUGAGUGCAUGAUUGUACGUCCCUGUUCUCAAGCCAUCGUUGCCCUCACCUUCUCAUUCUACGUGCUCCGACCCUUAUUCCCGGACUGCGACCCUCCGGAUCCUGCGGUCAGAGCUCUAGCUUUCGUCUGCAUAGCCCUGCUGACUUUUGUCAACUGCUGGGACGUAAAAUGGUCGACUCGUGUCCAGGAUUUCUUCACGUAUGGCAAACUACUCGCUCUCGUCACCAUCAUCAUCACGGGCGCCGUCCAACUCUGCUAUGGACACACAGAGUAUUUCAACUUCGAGAACACGGAAUCUGAUGUGACAAAAAUCGCCCUCUCCUUCUACUCGGGUUUAUUCGCCUACAAUGGAUGGAACUACCUCAACUUUGUAAUUGAGGAGCUCAAGGACCCCCACAGGAACCUCCCGUUAGCCAUCUUCAUCUCUUGCAUCAUGGUGAUGGUCGUGUACACCCUCACAAUCGUUGCCUUUCACACAACUCUGUCGGUGCAAGAAGUGCUUGGAGCCGAAGCAGUGGCCGUGACAUUUGCGGAAAAGCUGUACGGUUACAUGGCAUGGAUCGUUCCAGUAUUCGUCGCCCUGUCCACCUUCGGUGGAGUCAACGGCAUCCUUUUCACCUCUUCAAGGUUAUUCUACGCUGGAGCAGAGCAAGGCCAAAUGCCAAGGCUUCUUUGUAUGAUUCAAGUGAACAGACUUACUCCAUCGCCAGCGGUGCUUGCAAUGUGCCUGCUGUCUUUGGUGUACCUCUGUAGCAGUGACAUCAAUGCCCUCAUCACCUAUGUUGGAUUUGCCACAUGGCUGGCUAUUGGAUUGGCUGUGGCUACGUUACCUUAUUUCCGCUGGAAGGCACCUGACCUCAAGAGGCCCAUAAAGGUGAACCUGAUAUGGCCUGUGAUCUAUCUAAUAGCAACUGUCUUCAUCACCAUUGUGCCCAUGAUAGCAGAACCUGUCGGAACAGGGUUUGGAGCAUUAAUAAUUGCCACUGGAGCACCCGUAUAUUUCAUCUUUGUUUACUGGGAGAAAAAGCCAGUAUGGAUACAAAACGUUUUCGAUAAAACAACGCUGUUCCUACAAAAGCUGCUGGUCGUAGUAGCCUCCGAAAAACCCAAGGACGUCUAGCGUGGGCACGAUCUCAGCAGCCGGGCUGCACUCAUGAAAUCAUCCCAUCAUUUCGUAGUUCACAGCCAAGCAACAUACACCAUGUGAUUUGGAUAGGGUACAUGCAUCUAUUUUUGUAACAGUUUUUGUUUGGUCACUCCAAGGUAUUCCAAAAGUCUUUCAGUGCCAUGGCUUCCAGAUAACGUAUACCGCAAAAUGCCUCGCUAAAUAGGAAAGCUCAUUGCGCUACAUAUCUCUCUAGCUGUGUUGCAGCGGAAAAAGACUUUGCCCGAUGCAUAGAAUAUUGCGGCUGCAAGUUGCCGCAAUUUUUUUCGUGCUGAGCCACGGCUUUCAGGGUUGCCUCCUUCUCGAGCUGGAGAAAAAAAAAAGACUACUGCUCAGGAUGGCAUGGAGGAAAGGGAAAGGUUGAAUGUGUAGUCAUACAUUACUACUUUAUAGUUCAUUUUUCCAGCCUUUCAACGGACUGUAAUAUAAUGACGUGCAAGUAGACUAUACGCAAUUUUUUUACACGAGUGCACGUCACAAAACCAUUUUGUGUUCUUCACCUUUGCCUGACUGCGCCACCUACUGAGUCCACGGUACUUUACCACUUGUGUGCGGUUCGACGUCGCAUUCUGCACCAAGUACCAGCCAUGCCAAGCAACAACAGUGGCAACCCUGAUAACUGCAGGUCACUUAACGAAGUCACGCUUCGAAAUGUUCGAAGUGCUAGAGAAAAAAAAAGAAAGAAAAUAUAGUGACUGGCAUUUAGGACAUCCACCACAUUUUGUGCUCUCUUUCAUUAAGUAUAUAGGUGUACAACGUUAGGCUGUUGCAUUCUCCUUUCGCAUUUUUUACCCGCAACAGUAUGCCUGUUUUGUGUUCUAGGACUAUUAUCGAAAUUUGUGGCUCAUGACACGAGAUUGAACAUAUUUUUGGAGAAACUAGCGAAGCACAUUCCACCCAGGACUAACGAGCGGGUCACCGUGAGACCACGUUCUAACGUUAACGCUAUCCUUUCGAUUGUCUUACGAAUGCUUGACCGUCUAGGGAACAUCGUCACAAAAAAUAUAUUUAUGGUGUCGGACACCACCGUAUAUUGCUUCCUUCUUCUUUUUUUUUGUUUUUUUACAGAAUAGUAGCAUGUUAUACAGUAGGUGCAGUGACUCAUAAACAUGUCGUUCGUGUUGCGAUGUCUGCUUCUUGAACAAAAUCGGGGAUGCAAAGCGGCUGAUUUUAAAUGACUAUGAGGUGAACAGGAUAUUAUAUUUGUCGAUCUGCAGGUAGUCAUUUGUAGGUGACCUUUAGACGACUUACGUUCCUAUAGUGUCUAACUUGAAGAAAAAAAAUUGAUUGUUGUUGUAGUACCUUUGUACAUGUUCCAUUUACAAAUUUUUGUUACCUUAUGAAUCAUGGCUGUUCGAUCUUUCGUGUGUUCUGUCUCUGCCCACUUAAACAUUCUUCCCUGUUCUCUAUUUUCAUGCGCAAAUUAUGUUGUAGGAAAUUUCGUUGAUUGAUUCUUCUUUUUUCUCUGGCAGCUGUUAACGGAGAAAUACCAACUGUGACAAUGAAUCAACGUAUAUUUGUUUCAGAUAGAAGUUGUGUAACAUUGCUCGUUGAACUUAUUUUAGUGAACAAGCAAUAUUGUGACAUGGUACAAUGUUACGCGUGAAUAUUAAUGGCACGCACAUAUAUAUAUAUCGUUGUGCGAUGCUCCAAAGAUGUCACUGUUGGAUCUCGAUUAAAAUUAAAUUCUGGUGUUAGCCUUUAAAAAAAAGUUGUGCUAUCCAAAGAUUGUGAUUGUCGCUAAUACUGUGCACGUAAGGUCUCAUUAAUUUGGCUACACUUACUGCAGCUUCAACAUCUGUGUGCAACGACGCUGCAGACACGUGUUACUGUCGGCUAGACGUAGUUGCACUCCUGCAGCACUUCCUAUCCAGCAAGUGCAGAUCAGUCCUGGGCGUGUCCAGAACUAUCUGCACACUUUUACAAAAUGGACUGGAAGUGCAAGGGGCAUUUGCAGUGCAGGAAAAAUAAAUAUCGAAGUGACGCACUCCUUGUACUAGUGCAGCAAGUGCUAUCAGAGUGAAGAGACCUGUAAACUCUGCAAUUUCAUUUUGUGCUGCAUUAUGCACUUGUGUGUGAGUUCUCUAUCUGUAUGCACGUGAACAUGUACACAUGUGCUUAUCUGUGCUUAUCUGACUUUGGUGCUGCACCAUGAUAUUCUGCAUGAAGCAACUAUCUGGCCUCAUGUGAUGCUUAGAAGGUAAUACUCUGAAACCAGAAGAAAGUGUAUUACCCUGAGCUUUUGAAGCCGAAACCCGUAUGUUUUGCCACAUCGAAAUUCCUCGUCACCACAUCUGCUGUCGUCUGAAUGUUAGUCUAGUUGAAAUCUUCAUUAACGCUGCUUACACAUCGUGUACGCCAAUUGCGACUUGGUCUGCUCGAGAUUGUUUCAUUGUGGCCUCGUACAGUUAUUGCUGUCCGAAUACUACUGAGACUACUAGAUGCCUAUUUCAGAUAAGCAGAGUGUGCCUCGACGGGGGCUACUAUAACUCUCUCUAUCACACGUUGGGUUUAUUUAUUUAUUUUUGGAAUAUGAAUGUGCGAAAAACAUGUAACGUAGCAGCUCGUGUCGAUAAAAGAAAUUUCUACGUGAAUUGGUGCUGCAAUUUUUCAGCGAUAUUUUGCUGCUUUUCCGCGAGCUGUUUACACUGUCCCUGAUGUAAGAUGCAAAUUGUACGGGCCGAUUACUCAAGUCACAAAGUGCAACUGCUGGGUCUUCCAUUUUUGGCCCUCAAGUCUUUCCCAGUACACAAAAAUGAACAAUCCUACAGGACCACGCCGUAAUGACUGCUUUCACGAAGAAAAAUAAGAAAAUAAAAGGAAAAUAAAGUGCGUCAACAUCCACAUUUUGAGCGCACGUAAAUCAAAUAACUGACUCGCCGAGCCUGAAUAGUGCCAUCACACGUGUGAACCACAUAUAGAAUGUGCGUUAAAAUUAUGUGAAUAGUAAUUGUGAGCACAUCCUGGAGCAGUGGUUUUCAACUUGUGCUGUUGGACUUCAAGGGACUUUACACACGGAGACACAUGCACUUACAGGUAGAAAUGUGCAACGUGAGAGUGAUGCUUAUUUCAUGGUGCUGCCCGUUGAGAACCACUGUCCUAGCAGAAAACCAAUUCUGUCGGAUCGUAAGCUUGGUUAUAGUGCCCGAAGCGGCAACAAGAAGAUGUCGCACUCAGCGUUUGGAUGAAACAUGAGGCCGAGAAAAUUAGGGUGUGCCUUAAAAAGAAAUUUUACUCUAAAAAAAAAUGUGGGAUAACAUACUUAUAAAAGGUUGUAGUACAUUUGUCUUUCUAAUGUGUAUGCCUUAUCGAUGUGCUUGUGACAGUGCAGCACUUAUGUGUCUUGCAUAUUGUAUCUCUGUACAUGUUGUUCAGGGUUGUAAGGUGACUAGAGAAAGUAUGUCUUUGGACAAUGUCGGGACAACUCUUCAGGCAAAUCGUAUUUUUAAAAGGCUCCGGGACAGCCGGUAACUGUGAUCAAAUUGAAAGGUUAAGUAACCAGCGUUACAGUGGACUGAAAGGGGGUCUCAAAUGGGUAUUGAGGCGGACCCGGGUGUUGGCGGGGGGGAUCGCCUCCCCAAAACAUUCGUUUUUACAAUAGUUUUUCCCCUCUCCCAUCCAUAGCUAUGCGCUUCGACAAAGAAGCUGCUCCCCCCCCCCCCCCACACACACAUACACACACACAAAAAAAAGAGGGUCCCUAUGCGCUCCUGAAUGACUGUGACACAAUUACUUUUGUCGCGGCUAAUGUUCACCGCCACUGUUGCCAGGCUACUAAUUUCCAAAUGACAACAUCAGGCUAGUUGUAUCAUGCUCACAUCUUGAAUGUUUUACAAACUGCUUUGAAAUCUAUCUAUACACUUUUGCAAAAAGUUGUUUACUAAGGCAUUCGCUUACUUUUAUGAGUAAAAGUGAUUAAACCUAGCACUUACACCCCUGAUAUUGCUGUACACGUGCAAGUGUAGGCAAUGUCAUAGAGCCAGUUAUAUCGGCGAAUAAUGCAGAAUGCACGUAAGCAGUCUUUGAAGGAGUGAUCAGUUAACAGCAAUGACCGAAGCCUGUAUCCUUUGUGACCUGCUCCGAUCCGGUUUGUGGAUGCGAGUCGGCACGGUAACGAUAACGCAAGGAUAACGUCUCUUGUACGCUACUAAGUAUAACGUAAAAUUAGACGUGUUCGUGGUUGGCCAGAAAAGUUUCAGUACACACUACGGAGGUAUUGGUAAAUUUCUUUAGAGUCUUGGUGAAUAACUGUGGUCAAGCUGCAAGCUCCCAAACGUCGUCCUGCUACAUACGAGUUUCCGUAAAUGGAUCCGUUGCUGUACAUAUUAUGCUACCUGUUAGAAGUAACGUUUGUGCUAAAACUCUAAACUGCUUGUUAUCGCGCCAUUUUCAGCAGGUGUAAGUAAAUAUGAUUAGUUUCCGAACUUUCGUAAUGGCAGAAAAUAAACUGAGUUACAACCAGC